CCGCCACCACAGCCGCCAAGGGCGCCGCGGUCUCCCUGUCCGACCCGGCCCACCCCCGGCGGCCUGUCCCGCUUCUCGCACCGCUGCUUCUUCCACCCGCUGCCCGUUCCCACCGCCCGCGGCCAUGCUGGCGUCCUACGGGCCGUCCCUCUGCACCGCUUUGCGGCGGGCAGCCCCCGGCGGCCUCGCCUCCUUCCACUGCUCCGCUCGGCGCAGCCGCGGCGCCCGCGUCGCUGUGGUCCUGUCUGGCUGUGGUGUCUAUGAUGGCACAGAAAUCCAUGAGGCCUCAGCCAUACUGGUACACCUUAGUCGUGGGGGAGCUGAAGUUCAGAUGUAUGCUCCAGAUAUUGCUCAGAUGCAUGUCGUUGACCACAGUAAAGGGCAACCAGCUGAAGCUGAGUCGAGGAAUGUUUUAGUGGAAUCUGCAAGGAUUGCUCGUGGUAAAAUUUCAAGCCUGGCUAAGCUUACUACAGCAGACCAUGAUGCUGUGAUAUUCCCUGGCGGAUUUGGAGCUGCUAAAAAUUUAUCUACCUUUGCUGUUGAUGGGAAAGAUUGCAAGGUGAACAGAGAAGUUGAGCGUGUCUUGAAAGACUUCCACAAAGCAGGCAAACCUAUUGGUCUCUGUUGCAUUUCACCAGUGUUGGCAGCAAAGGUUCUCUCUGGUGCUGAAGUAACUGUGGGCCAUGAAGAAGAGGAAGGUGGCAAGUGGCCUUACGCUGGGACUGCGGGAGCCAUUAAAGAACUGGGAGGGAAGCACUGUGUGAAAGAAGUAACUGAAGCUCAUGUGGAUACAAAGAACAAGGUCGUGACUACUCCAGCAUUUAUGUGUGAAACAGAAUUACAUAAAAUUUUUGAUGGCAUUGGAGCCAUGGUGAAGAAUGUGCUAAAAUUAACUGGCAAAUAAAAAAAAUCAGUAAUGUUUAAAUUUAGGGUUUAGCAUCAAGUACAAUAUGGACCAAUGGAAACAUUUUCACCUGCUUGACCUGUUCACAAUGAAUGCUGAUGUGAAGAUGAUUGAUUCCCAGCUGCUGGAUUUUUCAUGCCCUUUCUGAGAGAGAGAGAGGGGUCUGCAGAAGGGCUUACAGUGUGCAAGCAGCCUGGCCUGAGUCACAGCAUUUUCUUGAGCUUUUUCAGCUGGAGGGAGUUAUGUGGACGUAUUCUGAAACAAGUCCUGUUGAUGAAACCAUGUCAAAUCAUUUUGGGACUGGGGGGCAAAAAGAGACUGAAGGCCCUCUCAGAAACUGAGGGCAGAUGUGUUGUAGGGAUAUGGCAGAUGCAGUGGUAGGGUAUCUAGGGGAUGAACAAUGGGAGCAGAGAGGGGUUAGUGGUGUGAUUCAAGGUGUAUGUGCUCAGGCCUGUGUCUCUAAGCUAAAAGCCAGGAUCAACUGUCAACGGAAUAGAUGUCUUCCACAUUUUAACUUUAGCUUCUUAUUAAUUAAAUAUUAACACUCUGUUUUUCCAUUUCAAAGGCUCCUGUUUUUCAGAGGAGACAUUCUGAUUAUCAAUCAGCAGCAGGGUACAUCUUAACUGUCACAACACUAGCACUUUGAAAAAUUGAUCCAUUGGCCCAUUAUAGCUAAACUGGACUUGAAGGAGAAAAUAUCUGCUGAUGUGACGCACAAUUUUAAAGGAUAAUGUCCACGUUAAAGUAGUUGCAUGACUAGCAAUGGAUGGAAAAAACCAGUCUCAUUAUCCUUACUUUCCCUGUUUUAGGGUAAUAAAGCUUUCUCCAAAGAAAUAUUAUUGAAUGUCUGAAAUAAUGAUGUAUAAAUAAACUAAUUUCUGCCUUUAUCUCA